AUGGAUUAAUAUAGUAGAAAGAGCAAGAUUCAAAGGCAUCCUUAUUAUAACAACAAUUGUAAUGAUGAAAAUAUUACAAUAAUAGAGAGACUGUAAAGAGUAUUGCAAUAUAAGAAAAGGAAAGCUAAGUAAAUAUCUUAACUUGGAUACCUUAAGAUACUAAUCAGGAUUAGCAGAUCGAAGUUAUAUGAUAGGAAUGAUUUAUCAAAUAUGGAAUGGCUGUUUAAAGAAUUAGGCAUGAAUCUGCUCUGGUUGUAAAAAUUAACUUUGAUUAUUUUUAAAGCACUUAUGUAUCGUUAGAAUUUUAGCUUUUAAAUUAGAAGAUAAGGUAAUAAUGUUUAUCUUGAAAAUUUCAAGACUUUAAUUGA